AAUUGUCCAAUCCGUUGUGCGCGAGUAAUUGCACUCCCGCAGUCGUCUGCUGUUCGUUCUUCAUCGUACAGAAAUUCUGUUUUGCAUGAAUUGAAUGGAAAAUGAGUGCAGAUAAAAUUUAUGAUGUUACAGCAAAGCAGAGAGAAGUUAUUGAAUGGAGGGCCCAAAGACGCAUAGAGCUGCGAGAACAGUAUCUGCGUGAGAGGCAUAAUCCAAAUGCACCCGCGGGACAUUUGUUUGAUCCUGCAAUUCAACGUCAUUAUACACUCAAGCAGAGUUUAGAGCAUCUAUUCAAGCCAAAUGUUAAAAACUUUUGUGCAUUCGUUGGUUUUACAUUUUUGCCUCUUGGUUUGUUGUGUUGGCGUGUAAAGAAAUAUCGAGAUGCAAAAGAACAUAAAUAUCGUACUGGUCAAGUAAGCUACAAAGAUAGAGAUUGGAAGUUUGUGUAAAUAUCUUACAUCUUCUUAUUAUGAAGAAAUACUUUUGAAAUAUGAUGAUUUUAAAUCAAUAAGUAUGUUCUAGUGUUGAAAGAAGAUAUUGUAAUCAAUUUAAUCCAAAUAAAAUGUUUUUUGUUCUUUAA